GAGGAAAAAGUGUGGUGCUUGGGGUGUGUGUGUGUGUGUCUGAGAUUGGUAGUGUUUUUCGCUCCACAUGGAGCUCUCAUCCUACUCCUCACCAACUUCACUUGGUGUUCCUCCCAUUUGCAAUUCCUCCUAUUCUGGUUAUAAGAGCACCACGCCAAAGGCUUCUCUUUUGUUCUUAGGAUUUUCCAAACACUUGCACUCAAUUGGACUCCACCAUCACACAUGCUGCUCAAUUCCUGUUCCCAAGAAACAUCAGAGACCCAUUUCCAUCAGGGCCUGCACUAAAGUUGGAGCUGCUGGAUCUGAUCGUCCUUUUGCUGACAGAUUUUUAGAUUUGAAAGAUGCAUGCUGGAGAUUUUUAAGGCCACAUACUAUACGUGGUACUGCCCUGGGUUCUGUUGCUUUGGUAGCAAGAGCAUUAAUUGAGAACUCAAAUUUGAUAAAGUGGUCUCUUUUGUUCAAAGCGUUCUCUGGUCUUUUUGCCUUGAUAUGUGGGAAUGGCUACAUAGUUGGCAUCAAUCAAAUCUAUGACAUUAGCAUUGACAAGGUAAACAAACCUUAUUUACCUAUAGCUGCAGGGGAUCUUUCUGUCCAAUCUGCAUGGUUCUUAGUUAUAUUUUUUGCGGCAGCUGGCCUGUUGAUUGUGGGAUUUAACUUUGGGCCCUUUAUAUUUUCUCUUUAUUCACUUGGCCUUUUUCUUGGUACUAUCUAUUCUGUCCCUCCGUUUAGAAUGAAACGCUUUCCCGUUGCGGCAUUUCUUAUUAUUGCCACGGUACGGGGUUUUCUUCUUAACUUUGGUGUCUACUAUGCCACUAGAGCUGCCCUUGGUCUUGCAUUUGAGUGGAGCUCUCCUGUGGUUUUCAUCACAACGUUUGUAACAUUGUUUGCAUUAGUAAUUGCUAUUACAAAAGACCUUCCAGAUGUUGAAGGAGAUCGCAAGUACCAGAUAUCAACCUUUGCUACAAAAUUAGGAGUUCAGAACAUUGCUUUCCUUGGUUCUGGAAUUUUGCUGAUGAACUACAUUGUUUCCAUAUUGGCAGCAAUUUAUAUGCCACAGGCUUUCAGGCGUUGGUUACUGAUACCAGCUCAUAUGAUUUUUGCAUUAAGCUUGAUUAACCAGGCACGGAUAUUAGAACAAGCAAAUUAUACCAAGGAUGCAAUAUCAGGAUUCUAUCGAUUCAUAUGGAAUCUGUUCUAUGCUGAGUAUGCAAUAUUUCCUUUCAUCUAGGGAACCUAACUAGAUUUUUCAUGGAAAAAGGUGCACACAAGCAUAGUUUAGAGAGAUCUUAAUUGUAUCAAGCAUCAGUAAGUAUACUACUUUUUUUAAAUGAAUAUUUUUGUAUAUAAAUGUGUGAUAGCAUUUACUUUUAGUUUGAUGUAAUGCCAUUAACGUAUUUCAUAAUGUUAGACGGACAAUAUCUUGAAUUGUUUUUUAUUCCUCUAUGUUUUACAAGUUCUAUAAGCAGUGUAGUUUUUGUCACUACCAAGGGUAGAGU